AUUAACCCAUUAGCUUCCAUUAUUAUGUCUAGUACUCUAAUUUCAGGCACUCUAAUUACUUUAAUCAGCUCUCACUGACUUAUAGCAUGAAUAGGUCUUGAAAUGAAUAUAUUUGCUAUUAUUCCUAUGAUCAUAAAAAAUAACUCCCCCCGAGCAAUUGAAGCCGCAAUAAAAUAUUUCCUUAUUCAAGCAUCCGCCUCCAUACUACUACUUAUAGCAGCCUCCCUAAAUUUUAUAUAUUCAGGCCAAUGAACGUUAACAGAAAUAAAUGUCUCAAUAGCAUCCCUAAUUAUAUUAAUUGCUAUACUGAUAAAAUUAGGUAUGGCACCAUUUCACUUCUGAGUCCCAGAAGUUACUCAAGGUACUGUUUUAUUGACCAGCCUCAUUAUUUUAACUUGACAAAAGCUAGCCCCUCUAGCUAUUCUUUUCCAAAUCACCCCCUCAAUUAAUGUAAAUAUUAUUCUUACAACAGCUAUCCUAUCAAUUCUAAUUGGAGGCUGGGGCGGCCUAAACCAAACCCAACUACGAAAAAUUAUAGCGUACUCCUCAAUUGCUCACAUGGGCUGAAUAGCUGCCGUAAUAAUUUAUAAUCCCACCCUAAUAUUACUUAACCUAUUAUUAUACUUAAUCUUCACAUUUUCAGCAUUCACCAUCUUAAUUAAAUGCUCUUCAACCUCAACUUCUAUACUAACAAUAACCUGAAAUUCCUACCCAUUAAUAGUCUCUAUCCUAUUAAUUAUUCUCUUAUCAAUGGGAGGGUUACCUCCAUUAACAGGUUUCGUACCUAAAUGACUAAUUAUCUAUGAACUGAUUAAAAAUACUAACAUUGCCAUAACACUAACAAUAUCUAUCCUAGCCCUCUUGAAUCUCUUCUUUUAUUUACGCUUAAUUUAUGCAUCCUCACUCACCUUGUUCCCAACAAGUAGUAAUCUAAAAUUCAAAUGGAAAAUCAAUACCCCAAACAAAAUAUAUUUUUUACCAACAAUAGUCUCAAUUUCAUUACUUUUCCUUCCUGUCUCCCCAAUAAUUCUUAUACUAAGUU